AUGUAUCUUGUAUCAUUCACUGACGGGGGCAAGUCUGACGUUAUAAAGCUGAAGAGCGAAUUGCAGCAGAAAUUCAACUGCCAGCUGAAAGACGAGCACAAGACCAUGCUCCACUACCACAUAAACGAGACGAUGCGCUACAGCGACCUGUUCUCCGAGCUGGAGGCGCUGAAGGGCUCCAACCCCAUCGUCGAGGACUACUCGGUGACGGAGACCACGCUCGAGGAGGUGUUCCUCUCCUUCGCCAGGGAGGGCGAGAGCCAGCAAGGGGAGGCUCCCAUCACCCCCGUC